AUGUUAGAAGAAGUGGUGAAAAAGUUAAAGGCAGAAAUAGACAAAUUGAAGAUUGUGCAAAGAGAUUAUCACAAAGCACUUGCUCAACGACAGCAAUUAGACGGUCAGCUUAACGAAAAUGUGGUCGUGAAGGAAGAGCUUGAUCUUUUGUCGCCAGAGAGUGAAGUAUUUAAACUAAUAGGACCUGUUUUAAUAAAGCAAGAUUUGAACGAAGCAAAGCAAAAUGUUGCUAAGCGCGUAGAAUACAUAUCUGCUGAACUUAAACGCGUCGAGGAUACGAUACCUGAUCUUGAUAAAAAACAGGAAUCUCUCCGGGAAGUCGUAAAUGAGCUUGAGGAUGUCUUCGUGGAAGAACGAUUGAAAGCUACUGUGAAGGCUUUUUUCAAAUAA